AUGGGUCAGGCGCUCCCCCUGACCCGGGCCAUGAGCCACUACACCAUGCAUGCAGCCAUCAACUACGCCGCGCUGCCACCCACGUCGCCGCUGCAGCUCCCCCUCCCGUACCUCCCGCCGCCGCCUCCGCCGCCGUUAUCGCUACCGCCGCUGUUGACGCCGCCGACACCGGUGGCGACGGCGUCCUCUGACGCGGGCUUCCAGAGCAGGAUCAGCCCCAGCGUCCUUCUCAUCAUCCUGAUCUUGGCCAUCAUUUUCUUCGUCUCCGGCCUGCUGCACCUCCUCGUCCGGUUCCUGCUCCGCCCGGCGACGCGGGAUCCCGGCGACGCGUACGGGGGCGACGCGAACGCCACCGCCUUCCAGGGACAGCUCCAGCAGCUGUUUAACCUCCACGACGCCGGUGUCGACCAGUCCUUCAUCGAUGCGCUGCCGGUGUUCCUCUACGGCGCCGUGGUCGGCGCCGGAGGGAAAGACCCCUUCGACUGCGCGGUCUGCCUCUGCGAGUUCGCGGACGACGACCGCCUCCGCCUCCUCCCCAAGUGCAGCCACGCGUUCCACGUCGACUGCAUCGACACGUGGCUGCUGUCGCACUCCACCUGCCCGCUCUGCCGCCGCAGCCUCCUCGCCGACUUCUCCCCCUGCGGCGGCGGCUGCAGCCCGCUGGUGUUCGUCCUCGAGUCCGGCUCCGAGGGCUCGGUCUCCGAUCGCCUCGACGCGGCGUCCUCCGCGCGCCUCAGCUUUGUCAUGGAGCAGGACCAGGCGGGGCAGGACCGGAAACACGCCGCCGCAGAGGCUGCAGAGAAGAAGGACGAGGUGGUCGUUCCUGUGAAGCUCGGCAAGUUCAGAAGCCAGGCCACCGAAGGAGCCGGCGGCAGCGUCAACCCUGGAAGCCAGGACGUGAGGCGGUGCUUCUCCAUGGGGACCUACGAGUACGUCAUGGACGAGAGCUCCCUGCUCCGCGUCGCCGUGACGCCGCCGGAGAAAAAGCGCCCCGCGACUCGCAUGCCGGGGCACCGUUUUGCCAUGUCGGAGUGCGACUGCCACUCUAAGCGGGAAGGCUUCCGCGGGUUCGAUGCGCCGCCCAAGCAGCAGCAGCCGUCGAAAGCGGCGGUGGACAAGAGGGAGAGCUUCUCCAUCUCCAAGAUAUGGAUGCGCAGCGGGCAGAAGAGGAAGGACGUGUCCUCCGGCGCAAUCGCUGCGCCGUCGUGCUCGACCUCGCGCCGCGCGUCCUCGUUCCGGCUCCCCUCGGCGCUCCAGCGCACGGCGAGCGACGUCGGGGUGACAGCGGCGGCGGUCGUCCCGAAGCGCCGGGCGGACGUGGUGAGCCCCGUGACGGAGUCCGAGUACAACGUGUCGACCUGGGACAAGAGCGCGAGCGGCAGCGUCGUGGAUUGGGACGUCGAGUCCGCGGGCGGCAGCGGGCACGGCCUCAGCUCCAGAGCCGACGAGGCGCCGUCGUUCGCCCGGCGGACGCUGCUCUGGAUCAGAGGCCACCUGUGA